AUGUCUUUCCAUUUUAUUGCAGGGCUGCAAGCUCAGAGUGUCUUAGUCAAUGACACAGUCUCGGGGUUUAUCGGGACAGAUGUGGUCCUGCACUGCAGCUUCACCAAUCCACUCCCCAAUGUGAAGAUCACGCAGGUCACGUGGCAGAAAGCCACAAAUGGCUCCAAGCAGAAUGUGGCCAUCUACAACCCUGCCAUGGGGGUCUCCAUCCUCUCUCCCUACAAAGAACGGGUGACAUUCCGGAACCCUUCCUUCAAAGAUGGCACCAUUCAACUCUCUCGGCUAGAGCUGGAGGAUGAGGGAGUUUACAUCUGUGAGUUUGCUACUUUCCCAACCGGCAACCGGGAAGGUCAACUGAACCUCACUGUACUGGCCAAACCCACAAAUCGGAUGGAGGGCACCAAGCGGCCACUUAUCGCUAAGUCUGGCAGGACAGAAAAGAUCUUGGUAGCUACCUGUACCUCCUCUAAUGGGAAGCCCCCCAGCACUGUCACCUGGGACACCAAACUCAAAGGGGAAGCAGAGUUUCAGGAGAUCCGCAAUAGUAAUGGCACCAUCACAGUGAUCAUGCUGGUGCCGAGCCGGGAGGCCCACCGGCAGCAGCUCAUGUGCGUGAUCAAUUACCAGCUAGACCGCUUCACCGACAGCAUGACCCUCAACGUGCAGUAUGAGCCAGAAGUCACUAUUGAGGGCUUUGAUGGUAACUGGUUUCUCAACCGGAAGGAUGUGAAGCUGAUAUGCAAAUCUGAUGCCAACCCCCCAGCUCACACCUAUGAAUGGAAGCUGCCAAACGGGACUCUGCCAGGGAGUGUGGAAAUCCAGAACAACACCAUCUACUUUAAAGGACCUGUCUCCUACAGCAUGGCUGGCACCUACAUCUGUGAGGCCUCCAAUGCCAUUGGUACACGAUCAGGCUUGGUGGAAGUCAAUGUCACAGAAUUGCCCUACACCCCGUCUCCAAUCGAUGAUCGCAAAUCCAUGGUGCAGCCGAACAUCCCCACACCGGUGAUUGGGGGCAUAGUGGGAGGAGUCUCGCUGGUCCUGGUGGUGGCUGUGGUGCUCUUUGUGCUACUCCGGCGCCGGCGUCACACCUUCAAGGGUGACUACAGCACAAAGAAGCACGUGUAUGGCAAUGGCUACAGCAAGGCUGGCAUCCCACAGCAUCACCCUCCCAUGGCCCAAAACCUCCAGUACCCCGAUGAUUCGGACGACGAGAAGAAGCCGGGCCCGCUGGGCGGCAGCACCUACGAAGAUGAGGAUGAGGAUGCGGGAGGUGAGCGCAAGCUGGGUGGUCCCAACAAAUACGAGGAGGAUGCUAAGCGGCCUUACUUCACAGUAGACGAGGGUGAGGCACACCCUGAACCUUAUGACGAAAGGACACUCGGCUUCCAGUACGACCCCGAGCAGCUCGACAUAGCGGAGAACAUGGUCUCACAGAACGACGGAUCUUUUAUUUCCAAAAAGGAGUGGUACGUGUAGCUCGACACCUCAUUGCUACACACACACACACACACACACAC